GUUCCCUUUUCCUUGAUUCUGCCCUUUUGCAUUGUCCUAUUUCAACUUCCAUUUUUACCUGCCACACUCCUUCCCAGUUCAUCUUUGAGCUCCCUCUUCUUUAACCCCUUCGUUCAGCCAACUCGCUCGUUUUAUUGUUGGCCCUCUUCAACUCAUUUUGUAGUUCUCAUUGCUUCUCAUCACUCGCUCAUAUUUCUACCUGUCCCAAUUUUUGAGCGCAUUUGCUUAAAAGGGGAUUGCCCGGUCUCGACAGAAUUCCAUCCGCGACUAUCACUUGAAUCAUACGAUCAGAAGUAGGAGACAGAAGAUGAAGUCCUCAGCUAUCUUGUCCGUUCUGGCCGCUGCCGGGGGUCUCGUCAUGGCCGGCCCGACCCCAACGGAGCCCGAGAAACCUCACAAGCGGGCCUCUCUCCCAGCCGUCACGGCGUCAGGAAAUGCUUUCUGGGCGGGGAACAAGAGGUUCUAUGUGCGAGGCAUCGACUACCAACCCGGUGGCGCAUCCGGCCCCAAGGACCCGUUGGCAGACACCGAUGUCUGCAAGAGGGAUAUUGCCAAGUUCAAGACCCUGGGCGUCAAUACGAUUCGAGUCUAUAUUACUGACAACUCGGCCAACCACGACACGUGCAUGAAUGCCCUGGCCGAUGCCAACAUCUACGUCAUCCUCGAUGCCAACAACCCACUCUACUCAAUCAACCAGGCGGAUCCGGGUCCAUCGUACAACGACAAGUACCUCCAGAGCGUCUUUGCUACCAUUGACGAAUUCGUCCAGUACGACAACACUUUGGCAUUCUUCUCGGGCAACGAAGUUGUCAAUGACAAGAUCAACACUACCCUCGCUGCUCCAUAUGUCAAGGCCACCACCCGUGACAUGCGCCAGUACAUUGCCAACCGUGGCUACCGAAAGGUGCCAGUUGGCUACUCGGCUGCCGAUGUUUCGCAGAACCGUAUGGAGCUCGCCCAUUAUAUGAACUGCGGAACCGAUGACGAGCGGAGUGACUUCUUUGCCUUCAACGAUUACUCGUGGUGUAACAGCGACUUCAAGGUUUCCGGUUGGGACGUGAAGGUCAAGAAUUUCACCGGCUACGGCAUUCCCAUUUUCCUUUCCGAGUACGGUUGCCUGGAGAACGGUCGUGACUUCGGCGAAGUUGGCGCCCUGAUGAGCGACCAGAUGACCGGCGUCUACUCGGGCGGUCUCAUGUACGAAUACACGCUUGAAAAGAACGGCUUUGGUAUCGUAAAGAUCGACGGGGACACAGCAGACGAACAGCCCGGCUUCGCCAAGUACCAGAGCGCUCUGUCCAAGUACCCGGCACCCACCGGCGAUGGAGGCUUUGUUUCUACAACGAACUCGGUUGCUUGCCCCACCAAGGAUUCCAACUGGCUCGUUGACUCGACUCUGCUCCCUGCUAUUCCGGAAGGCGCCAAGGAGUUCAUGUCCAAAGGCGCCGGCAAAGGACCCGGCCUGACUGGCGACGGCUCCCAGAACGCCGGCGGUACGAGCACUGGAGAUGCCAAGCCUGGCUCUGGCACCGCUACGGGAUCUCCUUCCCACAGUAAGAACGCGGCCGGGAUAACCUUUAACGGACCCGUGAACAAGAGCCCGUUCAUCGUCACCGGCAUUGUCAUUUUCUUCACCCUUGCUGGAACCCUCCUGUUGUGAAGAUGAUGCAUGAUUCGAGAGAUCAUGCGUGUACGAGGAGAGCCUCUCUUUACUGUCACAUCGGAUUCACUGGCGCAUGGCUCUGGCGGCGAUUCCUUCUUCCGCACCCUACUAGGAAGCGGCUAAUUUGAGGCUGUCGGAUAUCGCAGACGGCCAAAUGGAAGACUUGAGAAAGGAUCAACACAAGUAAUAACUACUAUACGGACCGGGACUUGCAUACAAACAUCACUAUCGGCUUAGAUGCAGUUUGAGACUGGAUUUGGCGCUUGGUCUCUUUGGUUGAGUAUGUUUCUGGUGGCCUGCUAUAUCAAAGCAGACACCAUGCAUGGAUGUUAGAGUAGAAAGGGUAACCACCAACAACACUAGGUUGCUGUUAAGGCUCUGGUGAGCCGGAAUCAAGACAGGAUUAAUCAAGUUCACAAGUUCCCUGGG